UGGCUUUACACCUAUUUCAAGUGAAUAAGGAUCUGGAUGACCCCGCAAAGGCUAGCUAGCUAACGCACUCCAUUUUAGGAUCAGCUAACUUCACUUACAUUUGUGUUGUUGAGGCUGUAACAUAUUGUCAUUAGCGGUGUGACGGAUCACGUGACUCUCAGUCCGCAUCAUAUUACGCUUUUUGAAACGCGGAUCGGAUCGUUUUUCGGAUGAGCAAAAAACAAAAACAAAAGGAGGGGCGGGGUGCAAGUAUAACGUUAUUACUUAAAGAACAUUUACAGCAAGGAACUGUUGCUUAUGGUUUUAACUAAAACAACGUUCUUCUGCUCCUCCACUAGCCAUGAUGACUGUCAUUACUGCUUUGUCUUUAUCUUUUCACUGCUACUCUGCGUCGAGUUUUACGGAAUGAUUACCUUUAAAGCGUGACCUCGGCAGUGAAACUUUGGGGUUUCGGACUGUGGGGUGGGUUGGGGUCCGUACGGAUCAACUACGAUCUGUUGCACCCCUAAUUGUCACGUAGUGUCAGUGGCACGUGCCGUUCUAGGAAAAUAAUCAACGAUGGGGCGGUGUGAUGCCGUGACCAGUAACGGCAAAUAAUAUUCCCUUUAUCCCAAAGCAAUUUGCCAAUGAUUACUAUUCUUAUUCAUUUUUAACCAUUUAAAGUUACAUUUAAUGUUUGAGACUAGUUCCUGUUAUCACUUAUGUUAUAACAGCUAUAAGCAGUUGUUCCCUCACCAACCUCCCCCCCCACCUUUUUCUUCACAUUAAUAAGGAGAAAAACAACACACACACACACACACACAGCUUGUCGUGUUCAUGAAAAAACGGAAACCGCGAAGCCCUCUGUCCUGUGUGCUUUGCUUUGUCGGAGAAUUUAAGGUCGAGUUUUACCUCAGUUUUACAAAACAUUAACACUGGAGACUCCUUCCACAAACGUUAAAUAAAUGUCUCUAUAGAAAGCUUCACCAUCUCAGCAACUGCACAGUUUUCUUCUUAAAAUAACAACAGGAUUAAAAAAAAAUCCCUUUAUGAUUUAGAAUUGGAUUAUGUGGAGCGUCUGCCAUCGCUGUGACUUCGCUGUUCCUAUAGAAACAUUGACGUAUAAGAAUGAGCGCGUUUAAUAUACCGCACGUCCUUCGUGUCGCAGCCGCACCAUCAUUACCGCUCCUGUUAUCGUAGAAAACUGAUCAAAACCGUCUGACCAAUCAGAAUCGAGAAUUCAGUACUGCUUUGGCCACGCGCAGUUUAAUACCUGUUCAAGAUCUUGAUUAGUGUCUUUGAUUGCAGUGUCUGUGUAGAGCUGAUGGUGAGGACGUUUCUUAAAGUAUAAGUUUUGAUUUGCAAGCAGGAGAACAUUUCUGCCAUACGUGCUGAAGUGAUAAGAACUUGACAAACGUAACUGUCGAUAGUCACUUAUGUAAAAUGAUCUGUAAACUGUAGUUAUACCAUGGGUCCUGUGGUACGUCUGUCAUAAUUUUACACUUACUAACAUAUUAAACCGUAAGUUAACAUAAUUACGUCCUUAAAACAAUGCAGAGGUUAAUUUUUUUUUGUCUGCGACAGCCAUAGUUACUAUGAGAACAAAUUGGUUGUCAUGUAAUAAACAUAGUCGCUAUAAUACACCAUAGCGGAUGAACAGGUAAUAUGGCAGGGCUUGCGAUUGCUCAGUUCCUUUAGGGACUGUUGCUUCCUGGAUUGAUCUUUGUGGGAGUCUUGUGAUGUGUAAAUCACACAGUAGCCUGAGGCUGAAACAUUAGUGAAAACUUUUAGUAAAAAAAAAAAACACGUAAACAUGUUUUGCAGUGUGCGCUAUUGUAGUUCACCCAUUUGAUUUUUAAUGCUUUUAAUGUUUUUUUUUGAUGAUGCCCAUCACUGAAAUUUGAGCCUCGGGAAUCUCUGAGGAUUAUUUCGUUAUCAGCCACAGUUUCAGUGAUGAAGGCUUCUAUAAGGCACAACUUCAGAUGCUGGCUGAAAUCGAACUCUUUGCGUUUGAAGCCGCUGUGUAAAAUCAAUACUGGUAAGCCUAUUGUUUAUCACAUCAGCCUAAAGCAGUGCUUGUCUAUUUAAUACACACACACACACACACCCUAACAUGGCAAGUUUUCUCUGAAUGUCAUCGCCCCUGCUCUCUGAAACCGUUAAUCUGUGCCGGAAAGAAGGGAUUAAAACUGAGAAAGGGAGAAAGAUGGGUCCGUGUACAUUAAUUUUUGGUGUCGAAAUUGAAAAAUACAAAUGAUGAGGUGUUUAUUAUUUUUUUGUUUUAAUAUUAAAAAUUAUUUGUAAUAAUAUUCAGUCAAUAUAUAUAAAUAUGGACACAACUUUUACUCAGAAAUGCCAGUGUGUGUUAGAGCUGCGUAUUUACACCUGAGGAUGUUCUGGUGCGGUGUCGCAGCACAAGCUGCCUAAGGGACCGUCUGGCAAUUCCACCCGCUGAGUUAAAAUAUUUGCAGGGCCGGUUGCUGCCAGCUACUUUUUUUUUUCUUUCAAUUUUGAAACCAAAAACGGGCGAAGAGGUGUCUUAUUAGGCAUUUGAUAGGGUAGCACAUGGAGAACAGGAUUUCACUUCAUUUUCAUGAUUCAUUUCACUGCAAGUUACAGUGCCCUCCACUAAUAUUGGCACCCUUGAGAGUAUUUUUGUGAAUUUCUUUUAACAAAAGGUUAAACAAUUAAAGAGAAUUUUCUCAGCCUUCCUUGCUCAUAUUUACCAAGCGUGCCGAUAUUAGUGGAGGGCACUGUAUAUACUGUAUAUAAUUACACAGGCACAGAGUUACACUGGCUGUCAUUGUGCUUUACUGACAUGGACUUUUAUCAUGCAAAUUGUGUGCGCUUUGCCUAGGGGUUCGUGUUUCCUUUUUGUAAGCAGUUGAACUGUAUGCAAAUUGCAGACCAAGAUAGCUGAUUAUAUCAUUCUAUACACAGCUAGCUGAAGCCACUUGGAAGCCUGAUGCUGGUUUUCAUCAGCAAACCGGCUUUUGUUGUUUUUGUGGCAAAACAUUUCACAUGUAAGUGUUUGUUUAAAAGUUUUAUUUCAUCGUGUCACUCAGUUGAGCUUUUGUAUGUACCGUAUAGCUAAGAUUAAUCUUACAAGGCGUCCGAUGUGCUUUUCUGGUCGCACGCUUCGGAAUCUUAAAGGUUACGGUCUGAAUGGCCCUUUUUGUAUUUUCUUGUACGCGCAAAUACGUGAGACGGAAUCUGACGGACGAAUAACCUCUUAAACAGAGUGGUUCACUGAGCUUUUCGGAGCAAGGUGUUGUCCCUGUAUCGACUCGCUCAUGGCAUUCCAUCUAUAAAAGUUUUAUUUUCGGUUUUGCAUCCAGACCACUGAAACAUGGGGCUGUACUAAUGUUGUAAUUCUGUGCCUACAACCAGUAAAAACACUGGAAACGCCCCUUGAAAUUUCUCUUUGUAUUUGUCUUCUCGAAUACUUCCCUUUUUACGGUGACAUCAAGCACACAUGGCCGCUCACACUGCUCACAGGUUAGUUAGAUCAGUUAAUAUACAGACACAGCACUUUUUAAAUCUAGAACACUGACUGUACUAAUCGCUAUUUUGAGAAGGUAAUCACCACCGUUAGAGCCAUCACUCGUAUCACUAACGUUAGCCGGAUUGCAUCUUGUUAACGCUACUCGCUGUUGUCCUCUGUUAUCGCCGUACUGCAGUUUCACUCGGCGUGGAUGUUUGAAGCUCAGUAUAGUAGAACAGCACCCGAAGCCUCUCGGGCCUGUAACUGUAAAAGUGUGCGUAAAGUAGCACAUGAGCUUCAUGUGCUCCGACUGAGCAAACCAAAGACAGUCUUUAAAUCAUUAUCUUUUCAAUUCGAAUGUGCCGAGUUGGGAAACGACGUCAUUUACAGCCAGCAAAUGAUCACUUGCGAGGUACCAGAAACACCGCAUUAACCCUGGUGCUGAUGUGCGUGUGUUCUCUGUGUAAAGAGAAGGUCUGAGAGAUUUAAAAUGCGGCAGUCGUCUCCGGUACUAUCGCAGCCUAUUACAUUUUUCAUGAAUGCGUUUGUGAAUCACUCUGGUUUAAGAGCGGCUGCAUAUGAGUAAAUGUUUGUGCGUAUAUUUACUCUUACUCUCUGAGGUUAAGCUGUUCAUUUCAUUAAACAUUGGUUUGACCCUCAGUGUAACGGGAGAAUGUUUUUGUGUACGUUUAGGAAAAUAGACUACUCUCAUUCAUGUACCGUACAAAUACUUCAUUGUUCUGCACAAUAACAUAUGGAAUUCCCUGACACCAUAAAAGUUUCAUUGUUUCUUUUUUUUCUUUUUGUACUGUGGGAGAUCUCUUACGAAAUGCAGUACUUCCAGGUGAAGAAUUCAGGUUUUAUUGCUGUUGUCCAGCCAAGAGUGACUAUAAAGAGAGAGUUCUGGAGAGAUCCACGGCUCAGAUGGGAGAAGCUUUUCACAGGUCGGAGCGAGCGGCUGAGGGGACCAGUCUACCAGGCGUAAUGCAGCGUGGCAGUUCAGAGUUGUUUCUGGAGCUCGAGAGUGACUCAACUGUUCGGGAUGGAACGCGUCCUCGGCUGGGUCUGGACAGCCUGCAGCAGAAGAUGCUGAAGGUGACUGAGCAGCUGCGUAUUGAGCAGGCUUUGAGAGACGAGAAUGUGGCAGAGUACCUAAAGCUCAUUGAUACUGCCGACAAGCAGCAAAGCAGUCGCAUCAAGCAUGUGUUUGAGAAGAAGAACCAGAAGUCUGCGCAGACCAUCGCGCAGCUGCAACGCAAGCUCGAGCAGUACCACCGAAAGAUCAAGGAGUGUGACACAGCAGCCUUGGCCAACGGCACCAAACUGGCACAGGUGCCUGGCAAAGACGUUAAAGAAGCUAAAGAAGCAUCCAGGGACAGCCUGAAGGACUGCGCCAAGGAGGCAGGGCCCAGAGCAAGUGGCCGAAACCAACAUUUGGACAAGGCUAAGACAGUGGGUCCAGGCGUCUCACUCUCGCCACCAUUCUUCUUCAACAAGUCGCGAGGCUUUGCCAGCCUCAUCCGCAACAAAUUUGGCAGCGCUGACAACAUUGCACACCUUAAGAGCACGAUGGAGACGGGAGGCGGGCUGAGCGCCGAGGGGGCGGGGCGAGCUCUGAGUGGCAGUGCCACGCUAACGAGCAAGCCGAAGUACCCGAGCGACGACGAGUGCUCGACAGGCACAUCAGCAUCAGCAGAGAGCAGUGGGAAUGGCGGGCAGGCUGAGGGGGGCCAGGUGGAGAGUGACAGCAGGCUGACUGAUGCUCUGGAGGAGGUGAGGGAGCUCCGAGAGGCACAGGGUCACCUCAGCGAGGACAUCGAAAGCCUGAGGAGCCAGACCAAGCGUAAUUACGGCUUCAUCUCACAGAUGCUGCAGGAAGAGCGCUACAGGUGUGAGCGGCUGGAGGAUCAGCUGAAUGACCUGACCGAGCUGCAUCAGAACGAGACCACCAACCUAAAGCAGGAGCUGGCCAGCAUCGAAGAGAAAGUAGCCUACCAGGCCUACGAGCGAGCCCGUGACAUGCAGGAGGCACUGGAGGCAUGUCAGACGCGUCUCAGUAAGCUGGAGUUGCAGCAGCAGCAGCAACAGUCGGUGCAGCCGGAGAGCACCGAGGCCAAAGUGCUACUGGGAAGGUGCAUCAACAUCAUGCUAGCCAUCGCCACGGUGAUCCUGGUGUGCGUCUCCACGGUGGUCAAGUUCACAGUGCCGCUACUGCGCAGCCGCCUACACGUGCUUGUGACUUCGGUGUGCGUGUGUUUGCUUGUGCUCAGCUGGAGCCACUGGGAGCUCAUUCAGUAUGCGGUGGAGCAAGUUUUUCUAACCAGAUGAAGAGUGUGUGUGUGUGUGUUUUCUCACACUGUCACUUGUGUCACUGGAACAUGGGUCAGGAGGAACUGUUUGGAUUUUAAAUUUAAAUCUUGUGUCUUUUGUGUGCGUGUUUGUGUGUCGGGAUUUUGGGGGUGGGGCGGUUACUCUGGUUUAUGCAACCCGGUCUCUCUCAUGCAGAUUUGCAGGAAUUCAAAGUCCACGGGAAUCUGAGUCCAUAAUUGCUGUCUAAUGAGGUUAAUAUUCUCCUUGCAGCCACAGUACACAGUACACAGUAGAAAUAAUUGGUUACUUUCUAAUGUUUACUUUUUACUUUGCCAGAAGUUCUUCACUGUUCAGUGUGAAGUGAGUAGAGCUAACCUUAGUUAAGUGUUAGAUAAGCUUUACUCUCAGCGACCAGGAGAAGUCUAGUGAGUGAAAGCAAAUGUAGCAAGCGUAAUCUACUGUGUUAAAUCUGUAAUUGGCUAGGAUGUUGACAUCCAGGUCUUAAACAAAGAGAUAUUUAUCGAGCAUUAUUACAAGAAUUCAGAAUAAGGCCAUACUCACUCUCAUUCUCCAGUCAGCAAAGUAAGCUGGUGUUUGGCGUUAUGCAAAAAAAAAAAAUGUGUAUAUAUAUAACACUGUAUUCAUGUAUUAAAUCACUCCUGCAUGGUCGAAUCCUUCAAACUCUGGCAGUGAUCAGACUGGAUUCGCUGUACUGUGUUCUCACAGUCUAACUGCUUCAUUGAGCUGGUGUAAAUGCCUUCACCUGCACCAGCGGUGUUUCGUCUCUUUUAUGGUCCGCGUUUCCUCUGGAGCAGGAAAUAAACCAAAGCCCAGCACACACCAGCUGUCUGAAAUGCAUUGUAAGUGAUGCUCAACUUCAACUGUGCACAGAAAGCAAAUACGUGUUGUCUUUUUUUUUUUUUUUUUUAAAUGUGUGUGUUCGCGUUUUAGUCUCGAAUUAGACAUUGGGAUGCUGAGCUGUAUUCUAGAAUGAAAUGUAGGACUUUUUAAAUGAAGGAUUUAUGGACUAUUUUUAUACCUCAAACUGUUCUGACGAGUCUGUGAAUAGAGAUUGCUAUGUCACGUGGUGUUUUUGUGUUCAUCACCUUCUAUGUAUAAAUAGCUGUUAUCGUCACUACCUAAAAUAAUGUUAACGAUGCCUUCUUUCAGGUUUGUGAGACAAAAAAAAAAAAAAACCGUUGGUAAUGUUCCAUUAUACAUUUCCUUUCCUUAAUGAAUGAAUAAUUGUAAUCUAUCAGCUAAUCUGUAAAUUAGUCCGUGUGGAGCAGACUUCAUUUGGGUUGCAACCAAAAUAAGCAAUAAUUCAUUUAAAACAAACAAACAAAAAAACAAUGACGCAUUUUUUUUUUUUCCAAUUCCCUUAUGUUUCUUUAGUUUGACACGAGAACUACAAGGCUGGCUAGCAAGUAAUUGAAUAAGUAAUUAUUUCAUCACAUCUAGUUCUUCAGUAGUCACUCAGACUUGCUGAUGUGAUUUAUUGUACUCUAUAGUAACAUGAUGCAUUAUUUCUGAUAAAUACCGCAGUCAUGCAGCCAUCUUUCCCUGGAAACGUCUCGUCUGGUUGGUGCUCAUUCCAAUAAUCAGGACACCUAGAAGUUAUCGGUUACAUUAGUAAGCAGCAAUCUGUUUUACCUUGACUUUCUGCCGGAGGUGGUGAGAGAGGUGACCGUGUCACUAGACAGACCAUCGAACUGACUGGAAAAGUGUUCAGAGAAGGCUGUUGAACUCAUGACACUGGAGAACGUGCAUGGUGAACCCCAGGUAGUAGUGAAGGAUUUCCUGAAGCAGCAGACCACUAAACAGUGUGGUUUAUCACUGUGGACAUCCAGGAACUCUAUCGGCCAUGGUGGUGAUAUUCACCAGCCAUUCAGCACAAGCGAUGUCCGAACCAGACGCUGCAUCCUUGAGAUGGUUAAUGCUGAGGCACUAAGCUGCCCGUCUUGAUCUUACACAAGACCCCAACACUGACCGCAUGAACACAGGUCUCGCCACAUGGCUCAGUUUACCACUUAUAUUGAGGGAAAAGGAGGCUUGGCAGUCCAGAGUGUUGUUAAUGAGGGGAAAACCACUCAACCAUGCUAGCAGCACGUAACCAGAGACUCGCUAGGCAGCCAAACGGUGAUGGAUGUGAAAUAUUUGAGGAGACCAUGCAGAUUUCGGUCCUGUCCUGGAGGAGAAUGAAUGAAGGGAGACACCAGUCCAGCACCAGUGUUGCAAAUGAGAGGAACUGAUCUAUUUAAGCAAGCUCAGUUGUGAAAGGCACAUGGUAUGGUGAGGGGAAACCUGGUGGUGGUCUAAACAUAGUGUAGGAUGUAGAAUACUCAAAGAACCUGAUCUGGAGGGGAUAAUGUAAGGUCACCUUACACCUACUGUAAGGUCACAGAGAUGAGUAGUAAACGGCACAUUAAGUGAAAACUAACAGUGCUAGUGGUUGGCGUGCAGUUCUGUGAAGUCGGAAGAGUUGAGAGGAUGUUAUCGCCACCUUUGGAGAACACCUAUUACCAUAUUGAUAUAGUGUACAUGUGGCCUAAGAAAAGAACGGUGGAAAGAUGGCUGUAGGACUGCAGUAUUUAUUGCGUGAUUCUCGCAACGUAGGUGAAAGCCAUAACAUUAUUGGGGUAUGAAUGACUUUUUUUUUUUUUUUUUUUUUUUUUUUUUUUUUUUUUUUUUUUUUUUCUUAACAUCUAACUUCCUAAAGUCCAAAAGUUUGUAAUUAUUGACUUUCACUGCUUAUUGUACAGGUUGUUUAUUUAAGGAUGAGAUCUUGAAGGUUAAACUGAUUGGGAACUCCAUUUGGGAAUUUCUCUCUGAAUUGGAGGAAGGUGCUACUCCCAGAAUCAUAGUUGUGGUGGAUCUUAUUAGACCAACAGACCUGAACUUAAGGCUGCUUGCAUCUAUAAGCGCAAACACUCUCCCUGUAGCUUAAAUGCAACAAGACCAAAUUACCUCAGUUUUUUUUUUUCUAGUUUCCCUGUGAAUGCAUGUAUUAAGACUUUGCACUUAUUCAUUUGUUUUGUGCUUCUGUCAUGAGUCUUACACAGAAUGUCAAAGUAAAGUGUUCGUGUUUUCA